AUGACUGAUUUAGACGGGAGAGUUGGAACACGGGUAUUCAAGAAAUCUAGCCCUAAUGGCAAGAUCACUACGUAUCUUGGGAAAAGGGAUUUUAUCGAUGAUGGAGGGACUGUUGACUUAAUUGAUGGCAUGGUAUUAAUAGAUGAGGAUUAUAUCAGGGAAAAUCAAGUUGUGACGGCUCAUCUCUUAGCAGCCUUCCGGUAUGGUCGGGAAGACUUAGACGUCCUUGGUCUCACAUUUAGAAAGGAUCUUAUUUCUCAGUUUUUUCAAGUUUUUCCCGUUGUGGAAUCGGAACAACGCCCCCUAACACGAUUACAAGAAAGACUCAAAAAGAAGCUUGGAAACAAUGCUUACCCUUUUUGGUUUCAACUGCCUUCACGAUGUGCCUCUAGUGUUACUCUUCAGCCAUCUCCUGGCGAUACAGGAAAACCAUGUGGCGUUGACUAUGAGCUGCAAACUGUCGUAGGCUAUUGCGAAAGGAACGAUAAGAAUGACAGGAGCGAUCAUACCGAAAAAAAUGAGAGAAAUUCCAUUGGUGGUGGAAGGCGUAGAAAGCACAACUGUGUUCGUUUGGCAAUAAGAAAAUUAACAUAUUCACCAUUUGAAGAUCGCGCACAACCAUCAACUGAGAUGUAUUAUCACGGAGAAUCAAUUUGUGUAAAUGUACAUGUGCAAAAUAAUAGCAAUAGGACGGUGAAAAAAAUAAAAGUUGCUGUAGUACAGGUGGCAGAUAUUUGCCUUUUUACCACUGCUUCUUACACUUGUGAAGUAGCUAAAGUCGAAUCGAGCGAAGGUUUCCCUGUUGGCCCUGGUGCUACACUGUCAAAAGUUUACUCAUUAUGUCCUUUAUUGUCAAAUAAUAAAGAUAAGCGAGGCCUUGCUCUUGAUGGUCAACUAAAACAUGAGGACACGAAUCUUGCUUCAUCUACAACAUUUUCUGCAAAUUCAACUAGGGAAAACUUGGGCAUUGUGGUACAAUACAAAGUUAAGGUUCGUUUGGUAAUCAGCAGUUUGGGAGGGGAACUUACUGCUGAACUGCCUUUCACUCUUACUCAUCCAAAACCGUCUGAAAAAAUGGAGGCAUUAAAGGUAAUUUUUGAGUGA